AUGACUUCUCACCCUCCGUAUCGACCUGCUUGGCGUGAUUUGCGAGUCCACCAUCUAUACCAAAUCGAGUCCAAUUUGGAUAUACUCACACCCAUCACUCCCUCUCGUCCUCUACCCCGUUCUGUCACACUUAACCGCAUCCUCAACAGAAUUUGCGAUCAUACAAUGGUCUUGCAUCCUAUUCUCUUUCAAGCAUGCAUUCCUUCUUUUGUACUGGCAUUCCAUCAGCCAGAUCUUCCUAUUCGCGACAAGUCGUCCAUUGACCUCCAGCCACUUCUGUCAGCCCAACUUCCCGGUCAGACCUGGUCCCGGCUCACCACGCGCUCUUACUGUUCUGCCUGCUCCCAUCAACUGUCUGAUGCUCGUCCCAUCCACCCUCCUCUCAUCCCACGACAACUUCGCUCCUUCUGGUCUUUUGCCCUCCCUCACCGGGCUUGGAAUGUCUGGUUUUGCAGGUUGCACAAUAAGCUUUCGUGCCGAGCACUUCUGUACCGCAUCAUGUCAUCCACCGUCUCUUCUCCUCUCUGCACUAUUUGCCAGGUACAUUUGGUUGGAAUUCUUCGGCACCGUCCCACUGCCCUCUGUCCUCUCAAAUGCUUUCCAAUCCUUCGUCUUCCCCCCACGCUUAACCCUGCGAUCCCUGCUUCCUCCGUCUUUGGCCUAACUAUCCUGGCUAUUUGGGAUCACCACUGGUCUUUCCACUUUAACUCUGUCCCUUUCCUUCCCUCUGCGGUGCUUCACACUGUGCGCAAGUCAAUUUCUCGUCUCUGCUCUGAACUAGAGCUGGACUCUCCAUGA